AUUACUCAAACGCCACACGAGUUUCUUGCCUGUGCCUUGCAGCAUCCUGCCAGCACUAAUUGCUGGUAUAGUGUGCUAUGGUCCUUCAAGGGUGAAUGGUUUCGUGCCAUGUCUCUAUAUGCUCCUUUGAAUCUCAUCAUGAUGUUAAUUUUUCGAGGAAAGCGUGUGCUCAAUAGCCCAUUACGAUCCUUGUUUCAUCUUGGAUUUUCAAUCUUGAGAUCAACAGUGUUUUUAACUUGUUAUGUGACAGCUGCAUGGACACUUCCUUGUUUGUUUCGUUGGUUGAAAGGAAGAGAUUUGCCGUGGAUGUACUAUGUCAAUGGGAUGGUUGCUGGAUCUAUGGUAUUGAUUGAAGUACCUGGAAGAAGACUGGAACUAGCCUUGUAUUGUCUUCCUCGUGCUAUAGAAUCGUUUUACAAUUCUUUGGCAAAACAAGGAUACGCUCGGUAUAUCAAAAAUGGCGAAGCUUUGUAUUUCUGCCUUUCAACUGGCGUUCUCAUGACACUUUAUCAAUCUGAUCCUGGCUCAAUU